CGGCGAGACAGGUUAGACAGGGGCUCAAUACUAUUUCCAGACGCGACAUCGCGUUCGACGCGGUGGCGCGCUUCUUAGUACUGACCACUAUCCCAUUCUCCAGGCCCAAACUCAUCGCCAAGUUUCUAACGCGAUAGUCCCCUGAUGAUCACGAAUGGUGUCAUACCAGGCACGUCUGGCGGUGAGGAGAAGGAGAUGACCCGGCACCAGCGUGGUCUCGUAGAUACGUGUUUUGAAGAGGGGCAGUACGAGAGUGGGAUCGCGAUGAUGGAGCAGCUUCGAACAUCGAGGUACAAACCGCACCCUGCUCACAUCCGACAAGUCCUAUACAUUGCCCUCUUCCCCCAUCCUUCGGCCGAUUCCAGCCAGCAACCAUCCAUUCUGCCCCAGACUCCCCAGCGAUCAUCCGCCAAAAGCAGUCUGCCCCCUAUCAAACAACCGCUUGGUCCAUCUCUCGCAGCCUCCGAGGCCGCACAGCGUGUCCUCGUCUCUCUCGCGCUCACCAACUCGCCCGAUUCGCUUGCUCGUGCACUUCCACAAUAUGCCGACACCGCUAGAUCAGGCCAAGUGUACACCGCGGAUGAGGAGGAUUCCGCACUAGCGCGAGACGCACUGUGCAUCCAGAAUAGCAACUACUGCUGGGACCUACUUCGCCCUGGCUUUGUGCACCGCAAUGGUGCCCCGGCUGCUAACCUGACCAGUUCGAAAGCAAUUCGAGCUCGUGCCGCGUCGAUCUCUAAGCAGCCCAGCGAGGACCCGGGCUCCGUCGCUGAACACGCAUGGAAUGUGCUCGAGUGGCUGAUCUGCAUCUUUGAAAAAGACGAGGUACAGAGUGCGCAACGCGGACGACCUGCCCAUUCCCAGCUUCUGCUUUCGCAUAUACCUCCGCCCAAGGCGGGUAGCGGUCCCCGGACAGAUGCACAGGCCGCGCUUGACGUCGCAUUCUACGCCCUAGAUCAGGCAGACCCUGUGCGGAAGCGUUUAGGGUUGCGCCUCCUCACACUGCUCAUCAGUCUUGCUUCGACGCCCCACCUCGAUCCUCAAGCACUCGGAUCGUCAAUAGCGACUCGCCUCUUUCCCCCAGAUGCAGAAGUCCCAAGCCGCGUUCUUUCGCAACUCCCGGCUUCACAGCCCAUCCUCGCAUUUAUCGUGACGUUCUGUGCGAAACAGCUCACCGACCUCAACUCCGCCAAAACCACCACCGACAAGGCUCCAGCAAAUAGGCCCAAGCCUCAAGCCCGUGCUGCCCGCGCUGCUCGUCGCAGUGCCGCGGGUGAUGCUAUAGGCGAUGCAUCUCCAAGUGCAGCACCGUCUGCUUCGGAAACAGGCUCCUCGGCGAUGUCCACGUACACCAUCUCGCUCCCUCCUGGCACCGAGAUAUUCAAAUUAGCGCAAACGACGUACAAGAAAUCGCGCCUUGCGCCAAUACAGGUUGACGAACUAAAGUUUGAGAUGCUGCGUACAUUUGGCCUCAUUCAGUAUAACCUGCCAGCAGGCGAAUGCGAUGAUGAGUGGAGGAAAAAGGUAGACGACAGGUCGUUGGAAGAUGUUUUCCGCAAUGUAUUAGGCGACGGCAAGGAAAGUGCUCUUUGGGCAGACACCUUGGCGGUCUUAUUUUGCCCGCCGAGCACGCACUAAGAUAGCCUGUUCAUUGAUUUCUUUGUACAUGCGUAGACUAUUGGUACUCGUUAUUGGUAAAAUACUCAUCCAGAAUAUU